UUAUAACUGAGAAUCUGAGAUGAGAUUAGAACGGUUUUGAGAGAUCAAAUUAAACUAGAAUCUAUUCUGGCAGGCUGAAAUGUUUUAAAACGACUUUUUUCUAAAAAAGAAAAUCGUAUAGAUCCAAUCAAAGCUCUGCAAUUAUGAAAAGAACGCUUUAAGAAAAGGAAAGUACAGUGGUUGGUGUAAAUUGACCAAAAAAGAGAGUAAACGGCGACAGGAAAGACAAGAGAAAGUGGCAGGCAGGGGACUCGUGGACACAGUCUAGCUCUGAUGCGUGGAAGCAGGUUGCUGACGCAGAAAUGGCGAAAUCGCUUCUCUGACCUAUUUACUCCUCUGUCUCUGUAAACCCUAUCUUCUUCCCCUUACAGAUCUCCUCGCGAUUUAGGGUUCAUUCCUUACGAGUUACCAUAGCAUCUGCAUUGUGAUUCGCGCUUCCGCUCAUUGUUCUCGUUGAGAUAGAGAAUGUCGAUGGAGGUGACGAAGCUGUUGUACAUAGUGGUAGUAGACGAUGAUGCGGGGAAGAAGGAGAAGGAGUCGUUUCGGUACACGCGCUCGGUUCUGCAGAGUACUCUGCAGCUCAUGGGAUGCAAAGCGAGACACGCCUUUAAGAUUAGCCAAAGUGUUUUGGAGAAAAUGAAAAGCAAUGACAUGAGCAAUUAUUUGGUUUCAGCGUGUAUAGACAAAUUGGAGCAGUGUAGUGUAAAUGAACUUCUACAGGAAGAAAAGUGUCAUACUAAGAGUGAACCAUUUGAGUUGUAUAAAAAGCGCACAACUGUUGUUGUCAGAAGAAAAAUCUUUCUAGAUGUUAUUUGUGAUGCUCUCACUGAAUAUAAGUAUGUGGGUCCUAAUCAGAGGGCUGAUCUCACUUUAGCUUGCAGAAUCCGAGAAAGGAAGGAAUCUGUCACCAUACUCCUUUGUGGGACUAGUGGCUGUGGCAAAUCUACUUUGUCUGCACUACUGGGAAGCAGGCUCGGAAUCACUAAUGUAAUAUCUACCGACUCAAUUAGGCAUAUGAUGAGGAGCUUUGUGAAUGAAAAGCAAAAUCCUUUACUCUGGGCUUCAACUUAUCAUGCUGGGGAAUAUUUGGAUCCGAUAGCAGUUGCUGAGGCGAAGGCCAAACGGAAAGCGAAGAAGUUAGCAGGAUAUUCAACCACACAACUACAAAAGAAUGAUGGUCUCAAUCAUUCGACAAAUAAAAAGUAUCAUGCAGAUGGGAGUUCUAGUGCCUUCGAUUUAAUCAGUCCAAAACAAAUGGCGAUUGAAGGGUUUAAAGCACAGAGUGAGAUGGUUAUUGAUAGUCUUGACAGAUUAAUUACUGCAUGGGAGGAGAGGAAAGAAUCAGUUGUUGUGGAGGGUGUUCAUUUGAGCCUUAAUUUUGUGAUGGGACUAAUGAAGAAGCAUCCAUCAAUCAUACCCUUCAUGGUGUUUAUCUCGAAUGAAGAAAAGCACUUGGAGCGUUUCGCUGUCCGUGCAAAAUACAUGACUCUAGAUCCUGCUAAAAACAAGUAUGUCAAAUAUAUACGCAACAUCAGGACUAUACAAGAGUAUCUGUGCAACCGUGCUGACAAGCAUCUUGUUCCAAAGAUCAACAACACAAAUGUUGACAGAAGUGUCGCUUCCAUUCACGCCACUGUGUUUGGCUGCCUACGGAGACGAGAUGUAGGAGAGAAGCUUUAUGAUCCUAUGACAAACACAGUUCCAGUUGUUGAUGAAGAAUACAGGAAUCAGUGUGCUGCCAAUUCUUUGAGCUCCAAGGGUAUGUUUCAACUUAUUCAACGAAAAGGCUCUUCGAGGCAUUUGAUGGCUCUUUUCAAUAAUGAUGGGUCGGUGGCAAAGGCUUGGCCUAUGGAUUCAGUAGAUAGCAAUGGUAAACCCACUAGGAUUGGGAUGUCUAUGUAUGAACCCUUGCAGAUUGGGAAGGCUGAACCUGUGAAUCUGCAGUUUGGUCACUUUGGGAUCAGCGCUUGGCUUAAUGAGACUGGUUGCACAAGUCAUGCGAGCAGCGUGGAUGAAUCAAAGGGUGACUUGACAGACAACGGGAGUAGGUAUUAUUCUUCAUGCUGCAGUUCGCCCAAGUUUCUUGAAGGACUACCCAAGGAUUCCAAGGAACUUAAGGAAGAGCAAUCUGUGCAUGGUAGUGAUGAAGAACUAUCUGAGCCAUCUGAAAUGGACAGUGACGAGGAUUCAAGCGACGAUAGUUCAAAACAUUUUCAUGAAGAGCUGGAAGGGUCAGUGGAUGAGGAGUAUACCAAAUCAGAUGAGGAGUAUGAUGACCUUGCAAUGCUGGACGGACAGCAGAAUGGUUAUGCUCCUGACAAUAAUGAUAAAUUUAAGAAUAGUUUCCAUUCAAGUGACAAAGUGGUCCCGGUUUCGGGAGACCAGGACGAAACUAACAACCUUACAGAAAUUCCAAAAGAGAGCACCCGUAGCUUCUUGAGAACCAAGAGCGAGACAUAUUCGAUGCCACUGCCGAGCUGCAACUCAUCUUUCCAUGAAGAGAGCGAGAAGAGGGUUCCGUUUAAUGGAAACAUAAGGAUUAAGAAGCGGUCUCUGAGUAUUCCGUCCCUCGGCAAACACGGAUCACUGGUAUUCAACAAUCACCCCCUUCCCAGUGACUUUUCCAGGUAGAGAUGCCUCAUCCAUGUUAAGGUGUUACCUCUUUUGUUUGUGUGUAUCUACAAAGUUCAAUUUCUCCAACAUUUUUGUUGGUGACUCAUCUUUAACCUCAUUCAUGGUAUAUUUGUGCAAGAGCAAAUGGUGUGAUGUUUCCUGGAUCCAUAAAACCCCGUAGAUGUUUCAUGAAGUUUUUUUCCCUUUCACUUGCCGCCCUUGUUUGAAGGCCCAAACAGUGACAAUUCCAGUCUAACUUUUCAUGUAGAUGAAGCAGUAAUUUUCCCAAGCAAAUAAGAGUUGAUUUUAAAUGGUAUGAAAUUUCAAGUAAAAU